CCACUGUCAAGCUAGCAGCCAAGGAGCUAGCUGUUAGCUGUAGCUUCUUACAAAGAUAAUCUGCCAAACAUACUCGCUGUUUUAACUUUUGUUUCCCGUCCCAGGUGUAUUAAUUUUUUAACACGUUCCGUAAAGACCCAGAGCGUUGGUUCUCUCUAAGAUGGUCGUUUUGACAAAUAACAAUGAAGAACAGGAUUAUAUCCUGAUAGAGGAGCGUAAAUGCACCUCCCUGCCUAACUCUCCCGCCAAGCGAGUGUCUCCCACCAAAAAGAAGCAGUUCUAUAUCAACCAAGCCAUCCGCAACUCUGACCUCACUCCCCGAGCCAAAGGCAAGAAGAGCCUCCGUCGACAGGAAAACACACGCUUUCUUGCUAAUCUUCUUGAGAGGGAUGAGUGCUCCAAAGAUGAUCUGGAAGUUUGCAGUAACCCGGCCAUCCCAUCCAUCUUCACUGAGGCCUGCACUAACGGAAACUACAUAGAGCCGUGGAAUGACUUCAUGAAUUGCUCCGGUGAGGAGCAGGAGAGGCUGUUGUCUCUGCUGGAGCAAGAGGGGUCCAAGAAGAAAAACAAAGACCAGAGGACUGUAAAUCUUGCCUUCACUGCUCAGGACUGUUUUCAGAGAAUCGAUCGCAGGCUGCGAGCGACUCUGAAACGGAAACAAAUCCCCAUGGGAACUCUGGAAGUACUUGAGGAAAACCUUCUGAGCUUCUUCAUCGCUCAACCUCACUCAGUUUACACAACCAGCCUCGCCAGCAGCUUUGAGAGACUGCUGCUUCACGCUGUCUGCCAGUAUAUGGACCUCGUCUCUGCAAGCACCGACAACAAAGGGUCACGUCAGACUGAAGUGGUCAACAAACAAGAAGAGUUUCUGCCUCCUAGACUUCUGCUGUCUGCCCACCUGGAGCAGAUGAGCUGAGAUCAGGACCACUGUUUCCUCCACAGGGCUCUGCUGCGGCCAGGAGCUCUGCGAGAUGUAGAUAGCGUGCCCGGUCUGUAUGUAAUGUCUGUGUAAAGUCCACCAAGCUCAGAAAACAAGCUAAAAAAAAUGCCUGUUUCCUUUUUCUCUGGUUGGUCUCUGGUUUCUGUAGUAAGUUUUCCAUUAAUUUUAUCCAUAAACAGAUCAACUCCCUGUAUGUUAACAGGAAUAUUCAUGCUAAAUAUUACAUGUGAAACAUUAGCAUGUAAGCAUGCUAACUGUGAGCAUGUUAGCAUGCUGCUGUUAGCAUUCAGCUCAAAGCACAGCUAAGCCAAAGUACAUGAGGUUGACAAACACCUGAGGCUGACAAAGUACAGCUUGCCUUGCCGCUGUCCAAAGGAAUAGCCUUUUUGAUUAAGUGACGUGGCCUCUCUGCUCCACUGGUAAAGAUCUAAAAAUAGUAGAGUUGUGUAUAAUAAGAAGUACAGCAUCAUAUGGCUGUGAGGCUCCAAUGAACUACUGUUUCCAUACAGCAUUGGCAAUAAACUUAAUUCCCUUUCCCAAGUUUUAAGUAUACUUUUGAAAGGGAAUGUAGUAAUAUCAUGACCUGAGUUGUGAUGUGGAAUUCACAAUAACAAAUUCACGAUACAAGCACAUUACAUUUGAUACAAUUUUUUUUUAAACAUAAUUGUGAUAGCAUUAUGCCAAAGUUUAUUUAUGAGCUGUUAUUCUUAAAGCAGCAGGUUAAUGAACAGUUGAUCCAUAAUGUCCCUUUCAUAGUGCAAAUGAUAGAAUUUCACAACUUAACUAAAACACAAAUAAUUCAUAACAGUAAAUAAUGGCAAUAUUAACCUUAAAAAUAAUGGAAGAUUUACUUGGAACUCUGUAUUGCUAAUAAUGAAUUUGUAAAGGUGCUAAAAUGGAGGAACCGCUCUAAUACAUCAGGAAAUGCACCACUGCCUGUAGGAUUAGCCUGUAGAAUUUGUGUCCGUAGUGAGGUAUGAAGCAUGAAUAUUAAUAGUCUCUCUACAUUAUAUGCACAAACGCAUCACUCAUCAUCGUAGGUAAAGAAGCAAAUGUCUUUCAUCGAGGGUGUGAAAUAACAGCUUGGGACGUAAAGUAAUUCUUUGAUAAUUAGCUCUGUAUUAUGUAUGAGAAGAAAACUCCCUCUUUAGGCACAGUUUCUUCAGGAUCUACUUUUGGGAUUUUUGUUUUCUGUGUAUCUUUCUCUGCUUGCUUUGUCUAGCUUUGUCAUCUCGUCUACACCGGCUGUGUUUCAGCUGCAUUUUUCAGUCAUCGUCUGAAGGAUACGCUUAUAUUUGAACCAACAAAACUGUCUCUAUCGAACGAGUAACAACUGCAUAACAACUGUGACUUGAAACAUUGUUUUAGGCUUUAGGUUCAAGUCUGUUUGUUUCCACUUACAAGCUAAAGUACAUGAUUGUAUGGUGGCACUGUGGCUAAUCCAGUGUAGAUACUUACACAGUUGCAGCUGCUGAUGUGCUGGUGUAGACAAAGUGUAAAUGUUGCUUCAGUCAUGGUCAACAAUCAAAGACAAGAUAAGGAACUAUACUGUCGUUAAAAACUGCUAGUAUCCCUGUACUUUUAGAUUUAUUGAUGGAUUUCUUGCAAUACGCAGUGCUCACUCAGUUUACAUUGAACACACAACUCCAACGUUUAAAACCUCUUUUUUUACAUACAAAAGUAAUAUGGUUUAAAGAUAUACUGUAUGUACAGUACAUGUGUUACAUUGGUAGAAAAAUAACCACAUUUAAGGUGUUUUGAUGGUAAAAACCUGCUGAGUUUUGACUCAGGUAUGUUUCAUCUCAAUAUUAACAUUUACAACCCUGGAAAAGCACUUCUGCCUUAUGAAUGCAAGUUUCUAUGUUUUUUCUGUACAUAUAUUUCUACAUUUGUACUUGACAUGAUUUUGGAGGAAAAAAAUCGUAUCCUCGAUUUCUUUUUACACUCGUUGGCAGUGUAACAAAACUUGACCUGUUGGUGCAUUUUGUCAACAACCAAAGUUUGUGUGUUUGUCAUUUGGAAAUCCAAUUUCUCAGGCUUUACACUUCUACUCUGAAUGUCAUGUAGUGAUCUCACAUGGUGUCAUUUUCUGUGCACUGUAUACUUUCUUCAAGAUGAACUUGUUUUCAUCAUGUUCACCCGAGCACCUUGGGGUGCUGCCAACUUUUUAAAUACAUGUAGAAGUAGUUGUUCUGUAAUUAAUGAGCUCAGAUCAUUGACUUGUGCCAACAUUCAGAUUGAAAAAGCAUAUAAUAGUCUGAAAGCUUUAUACACUAGACUCAAACAUCUUUGUGUAUAUAAUAUGUGUGUGCUACAGUACCUAUUUAUAAUUAUCACUGCAACUAUUAAAGAAUUUAAGAUA